AUGAUUUGGGUGGGAAGGGAGGUCACAGCCCAUCCAGUUCCACCCCUGCCAUGGGCAGGGACACCUCCCACUGGAUCAGGGGCUCCGAGCCCCAUCCAGCCUGGCCUGGAACACCUCCAGGGAUGGGGCAGCCGCGACUUCCCUAGAUAACCUGUGCCAGGGCCUCCCUACCCUCACAGGAAAACAUUUCUUCGUAAUACCUCAUCUCUCCUCUCUCAGCUCUAAACCCUUCCCCCUCAUCCUAUCCCUGCCCUCCCUGCUAAGGAGUCCCUCCUCGUCUUUCCUGUAGGCCCCCUUUCAGUACUGGAAGGCUCUCAGGGAUGUGUUAUGGAUUCCAGACUGUGAGGAUAUUCCGUGUUACUGAAGGGAGGUGCUUCUGUCUGUGGAGUCACUUAUAAUGUCAAGAACUGUAUCAUCCUGGAUCUUAAGCUCGGCAAGAAACAGCAUUGUUUUACAAGGAAGAGGACGUUUGUACUCCAUUUGUAUCCCAAAUAGAAACAGUAUAAAAUGGAAAACACCUGUCUACUCUGCUGGGAGCUGCAGCUUAGACAGUAUUUUCUCCUCACAAAGAGCAUUCCGACACACUUCCACUGAAGAAGAACACCUCUCUUUCCAGUUGUCUCCAUCACAAAUCAAUGAUAUACUCAGAGCAGGUGAAUUAUCCCAUAAAAUACUGGCUUUGAAUGGUAAAAAUGCCAAUUCUGUGUUGAGGUUUGAAAGUAACCAGUUGGCAUCCAACACCCCUAUUGAAGACCGCCGAAGUGCAGCCACUUGCUUGCAGACCAAAGGGAUGAUGUUUGGAGUCUUUGACGGCCACGCAGGUUCUGCCUGUGCUCAGGCAGUGAGCGAGAGACUCCUGCAUUACAUAGCGGUUUCACUCAUGUCCCGGCAAACUUUGGAAGAGAUUGAGCUUGCUGUUGAGUGCAUGAAACCAAUUCUACCUAUUCUGCAAUGGCACAAGCAUCCAAAUGAUGCAGAGUAUCGAGAAAUAACUCCUCAGUAUUUUGAAAACCUCCGGGUUUACUGGCAACAUUUACUGGACCUGGACACCGAGCCAGGAUUUAGUUUAGAAGAAGCCAUGACAUGCGCAUUCAAAAGGCUGGACUCAGACAUAUCACUGGAAGUUCAAGCUCCUCAGGAAAAUGAACUGAUGAGAAAUGUUGCCCUUCAAGUGGCUUUUUCUGGUGCAACAGCCUGUGUAGCUCACGUCGAUGGUGUUCAUUUACAUGUUGCAAAUACUGGUGAUUGCAGAGCAGUUUUAGGGGUUCAUGAAAAAGAUGGAACGUGGUCUGCUCUCCCUCUAACUCGAGACCAUAAUGCCUUUGAUGAAUUUGAAAUUAGAAGACUGAAGAGAGAACAUCCUAGGUCUGAGGAGAAAACCCUCUUUGUGAACGACAGAUUACUGGGGAUUCUCAUGCCCUCCAGAGCUUUUGGAGAUGUGCAAUUAAAAUGGAGUAAAGAAUUGCAGCACAGUGUCCUCGAGAACAGCUGUGAUGUUGAGGCUUUAAAUAUUUAUCAGUACGUCCCUCCAAACUACUAUACACCCCCUUAUUUAACUGCAGAGCCUGAAGUCACAUACCACAAAUUAAGAGGCAAGGAUAAGUUUCUAGUUAUUGCCUCUGAUGGACUGUGGGAGAUGCUAAGUAAUGAGAAGGUUGUAAAACUAGUUGGUGAACACCUUACAGAGCUUAGUGUGCAGAAACCACAACUGGCUUUUCAGAAACCAGUUAAUUUGGGCUAUAUGCACAGCUUAUUGCUUCAGAGGAAAACCAGAGGCAUUGCCUCGCUUGACCAGAACAUCGCUACUCAUCUAAUACGACACGCGAUCGGAAGUAAUGAGUAUGGGGAAGUGGACCAGGAGAAGCUUGCUGCCAUGCUGGCGCUGCCUGAAGACCUUGUGAGAAUGUACAGAGAUGAUAUCACCAUUACUGUGGUGUAUUUUAAUUCAGAAACAAUUGAAAAUUACUACAGAAAUAAUGAAUAGAGACUUGCACUGCGGCUGCUCUGUACCACAAACCAGCUUUCAUACUGAAACCGUUAUUGUUUUUUCUCUGCUAGUCAAGCUGUUACCAGUAUGGUCUGGAAGUUCCUAGGUCUUUGUGUUACUUACCAGUCUUGAAAAUAACUUUCUAAAAGUGAGUUUAGUGAAAGUUUCCUGGUUUUCCAGGUCUGUCCACAGAAGAAGAAUGUUUUGAUAAAAGUUGAAAUGUAACUGAAGUAAAGAUUGCUGAGCCAGUUCUGAUACUAUGGGAACUGCUGGUAACGCUUCCCAAAUGAACAAACAGGACAUAUUUCUUUGGGACUGGUACAGUGUAAUAUGGAGAUGGAUAAUGACUGUAGCUGCAUGGAGUGUAAGAAAGGCUCUGCUGUUGUGGAAAAUGAGGAGCAUCCUAUUGAAGCACUGUAAUUGAAUUAAUAAAAAACCUACCAAACCUUUAUUUGAGGUAGCAGUGUCAGAUACUUAAACAAAUUGCCUCGUAUAUGUGAAGAGAACAUGAGAGCAGGCAGAGCAAGGGGCUGGAGACUGUCAAAUGUUUUUUUAACAUGAUCUUCUUUAAGCUAGGAAACAUAAUCAUAUUUUCUUCACAAUUAUUUUGAAGUGUGAACGCAUAUUCCCUUAACUUUGUGUAUGGACUUCUGUGACAGCUUACAGCUUGAAUACACGUGAGGCACUAUAGAGUUCCCUGUUUAGGAAUUAACAGUCCUAGACCUAAACAUUUAAGUGUCUAGCAUGCUUAAAAUAUCUAAAAAAACUUUCAAUAAGUACUGAUCUAUGAAGUGCUGGGCAUCAGAUCCACCAGCUGUAAUUUAAAAGAAGCUUGACAGAUCCAGAAGUUCAAAAAUUCAUCUAAAUGUAAAUACAGCAAAAGAGUGAGCAUCUUUCUCUUCAGAUUUGACUUAGAAAGAGCAGUGCUGAUAUUUCACCAAAAUACGGUUAGUCUUUACAUUACUCUUAUUGCUACCUUUUGAUGUCAGAUUUUCCUGAUAGGUGCAGUUAUUUUCUCUAAUGAGUGUAUGUUCUAAUCUCUGAACAAAUCCUUUUGUGUAUUUUACAACAGUUUUCUUUUAUGCUGUGUUUUCUCGAGGGCCAAUCCAAGCUUGCAAAUGAUCUGUAUUUUCUUAACAUUUUGCGUAUGCUGUUCCCUAGUGACUCUCUCUUGUGUGUGCACAGUGGUAACUGUUGCCCUCAAGACUGUGCGUGCUGGGAACAGGCCUGUUUACUGCUGUUGCUACCGAAUAAGAACUUGUGUGGGUGCAGCAGAGCAGAUAAAAAUAUUGCUUUUCCCCUCUCAUGAAUUUCACUUAAAAUAAAAGCAUUAUCCUUCUGCUGUUUAGCAGAUUGAAAAGUACCUCAAUUUAUCUCAAGAUCUGAAGUAGAUGGGAUCUUGGGCAUAAACUGGUGGCAGUUGUGGAUUUUUGGGACUUUUUGUAUACUUUUCCUCCAGAUAAAAAUUCUCAGUGUUUUUUCAGGCAUUUCAGUAAUCUAUUUUGAAGAUUGAUUCGAAGGAAACUAAAACUGUUUAGAAAAUAUUCAUGCUUUUGACUAUUUGCAAUUGACGUGUCAUUCUGUGCCACAAUUACAAUCACUGAAUGCAUCCUUAAACCCCUCUGUUCUGGAAAACCAAGUUUUUUCAUCUAGUACCUAUUGAGUACAUCCAGCAGUUCAGCCUGGAGGCAGCCCUCCCUGUGUUUCAGAUGGAAUGAGGAGGUGUCUUCCCCUCCUUAUCAACAAAAUGGGGUUGGCUCAAGAAAUCUGACACAGACCUUGGGGACAGGGACAGCAGGAAGGCGUUAGAGGUGUGCAAGGUGUCAUAGGAGCUACUGGAAUUGGCAAAGCAAUGAAGGUCAGACCCUAUGUAACCUUGGAAGGGGUCUCAGUACCCCUGAGGCGGUCAGAUGAGGAGGGGAUUGCUCCUCAGCAGCCUUCCUCAACACUUGGCUGUAAGUGGGUUAGUUCCCUUUGCUCUUAAAGAUCCUUUUGUAUCUUUAGUUACGUGUUUCAUAGCCUAAAGUUCAGACAUAAGGCAGUAAAAGUGUGUUUGUAGAGUACAUUGGAAUAGAGAAAGCACGUAAGAAUGUGGCUAAAGGAAUACAGGAGCGAAACCACCUCACAGCUGAUAGGAAGUGAUACAACUUUAAUGAAGAUAAUCUAGAAAACUUUUGAUGCAACUUUUUGUCGCAAACCUGCGACAGCAAAUUAAUGUAGGAAAACAGCUUGUAUAUAGUCAUAAGAUAAAAUUACCUGGUUUGUUCUUUUCACCCACCCAGUGGUGAAAUCUAGGUCAUCUUUUGACAGAGUCAUUGUAGCACUCUGGUCAUCCAAGUGUUACUUCUGGAUAUGUUAUCGUAUGUAGGUUUUAACUGCAACUUGAUAAUGAUUGUUUUGGAGAACGUGUUUGACAGUGAGAAAGGUACUAUUUCUAAUUUCAGGUUAGUUUUGCUCAGUUUAACAUGCAAUGCUGUAAUUAUCCUGCAGUAGAAAUGAAUAACGUUAAACUAGUUAGAAGUUUGUUGUUUUUGUUUUGUUUUGUUUUUUUAAAUGCAGAUCAUGGAUUUUACUUCGUGCUUCCUGGAAUUUGUUGCAGGCCAAUGAAAACAACCUAUCCAUACUUGUGGUAAGGAAAAAUAUUAUUCUACCCCUUUGAAUUGGGGUAGAAUUUUUCCUCUAGGUACAAACACACAUGACAGGCAUUAAUGAAAGUAGCAUUUUGUGACAUGGUGAAUCAGAAGUGUUUAAAUAAGUUAACUAAAUGCAGUAAUCUGCUCCUGCAAGCACAGUGAUGUGAAGAUUUGGUAGCACGUUUAGACACAAAUCCUGCAAUAUUGACGAUAUGUUGGAACAAACGUAUCUGCAGGCAGCCUGUUUGAUUUAGGUUAGAUAUUUCUGACUUCUUUUUUUCCAUAGCAGUCCAGAGAAGCAACACUCAAAAAAUCAGCCAUUCAAAUUUCAUGUCUCAAAAUGUGAUAUCAUGGGCACUCUUGACUCUUCCAUAAAACUUCUGAGGUUAAGAACUGAUGUAAAUACUAGUAAAAAUAUGAUUUUCUUUCCUAAAACAUAGGUUGAAAUACAGCUUUGUCACUUUGGUUUUUUUCUCUGGAACUCUAUUCCAUGUUCCUAAAUUUUAAUGCUUAUUUAAGUUUUCAGGCCUCCAUAAUGUAUUUGGAGUUUGGGUAAGGUCUUUUUUUUUUUUGAAACUUCUUUGUAAAUAGUGAGGGGAGUCUUUGUAAGAAAAAAACAUUCAUUUCACACUUAGAACUGAUCUUUAUUAAAUGGAUGAAAGAGUGAGUGCCUUGGGUGCUGUAUGGAAUCUGGUGUUCUUUCUGCUGAAUGCUCCUAUGAAAAGCUGCUGGAUUCCAGAUUGGAGAGCAUAAAUGUUAAAGCUGGGGAAGAAGUAAAAGGUAGGUGUUGUGAGCUUACUUGAGUGUUUGCAGCUCUGUGAUUUUCCCACAAUGGAAAUAAUAAUUCAUAAAAGGAUGUCUUGAUACAAUUGAGAUGCCACUAAAUUAACCAGUCAGCAGAGGGAGCAGGAGUCCACUGGCUAACAUAUCUAACUUGUGCUCCAGUUAAUUUGACAGUCUACAUAAAGUAUUUUAGCUUACACAUGUGUGUUCAUCAGCGAUUAAAAUAUCAUUGUAUCAUUCACAUUGUGUGUUGUAAUUGUCCUAAGAACAAUGCAAAAGUCCUGUAGGUGUACAAAUACACCAGCUAUAGAAAUAGUGAUUAAAUCCUUGCGUCAUAACAGACCAGUAGCAAGCCAAGUAUUGACGUGCAUAGGCUUCAAGGCUUAACUUUAUUUCCAUGAAUUCCAAGUAUUUGACUUUUUGGGGAGGUAAAGAGAAAAUAAAAUUAUUUGGGACAGGUAUAUUUUAUU